AUGGGGAAACGAAACCGGCGAGGGAAGAGGAAAAUCACCUCGCUGAACGAGCUGUACGAACUGGAGUAUGUAAAAAAGGAAAAAAAAAAAAAAUUGAAACAACUCAGUUCGUUUAAAGUUAAAAAGAGUGAAGAACCAGGUGUAGAUGAAAACAAAAAAGGAGAUGAGAAUGGAAAACAAAUUAACCACUUGAUACUUGAGGAAUAUAAAAAAUUAAAGGAACUUGAAGAACCGACUCGAAAAAACGGAAAAGGAAAAGAAGAUGGAGAAGAAAGGAAAAAUAAAUCAGCCCAUACAACUUUUUUGCAAAUUUUAAAAAAGAAGGAACAACAGGAAAGAGGAACCAAUGGAGAUACCAAUAAGCACGUUAAGAAAAAACGUUUAGAUGGGCGACCCACUUUAGCAGGUACUUCUGAAGGGAUCACAUCAAAUGAAGAAGAAAACCGAGGAAACUCCCCAAACAAGGAGGACUCGAAAAAAGGCAUCUCAAAUCCUCAGAACAGAGAGUCCAAAAUAAAUGUUACAAAAAAUGUAGACGACUUGUACAUGUCUUUUCUAAUAACAAGUGUAAAAAAUCAGAGGAGACAACAUAUCGGAAGACAGAGCUCCUUCAAAUGGGAGAGUCAUCAAUGUAAACACAUAACAACUGAGGGAAGGAGACCAACGGAUGAGUGCUCCUUGAAAAGGAACGAAGCACACAGCGAAGAAGCUUCGGAAGGAAUUCAGCCACACCCCAAUUACUGCUAUACAUAUAAAGCUAAAUGCAUUUUCGAGAAUUAUGUGAACGAAUCGUACAAGUUGCAAGAAAAUAAAAUGGACUACUUCUUCACCUUUUGCCAAAACGUGGACGAGAAAUUUUUGCAAAAAUUUUGCGCAAAAAAAGUAAGCAAAAUGGGGAAAACGGAUGGCGCCGAGCGAGCCAGGAAAAACGAAACUAUCGAGGAGGCCUACGUUACGUCUAACCUCUUCCUGGAAACGAACAUUUUUAGUGGCUCCAAAGGUGAGCGCCAUACCGGGGAGCAUACUAACGAUCACACCGACAGUCAGACAGAGAACCACCACAACAAUGACGCCGACAAUAACACAGACAAUCACGUCGAUCCGGAGGGAGAACUCUUCCGCGAUGUCCAAGUGAAACCGCAUUUUUUCUCCAGCUAUAGGGAGAAAAACCACGUAUCGUAUUACCUCCUGAAUAUCCUAGACACGAUCCCAAAGUGCUUCUUACAUAAGGAUAACCCCUACAACGUGUACGAACCCAUAGUCCAAGGGGCGCAGAAUUACCUCUCCGCCUUUGAACCCCCCCUAGCGUAUUUCAACAGGAACGUUUACAGAUACCUGAUGGAAUACUACACCAAUGACUUCAAUCAAUUGGGAGCUCAGGAAACUGGUGAAAAUUAUGAUAAUGAAGGAGACAACCAUAUCAUCGAAGAAUGUCCCUAUGCCUCCCCCCUGGACGAUGAAAAGACGAGCGGUCGACUAGAGAAAGACAAAGAAAAAAAGUUAAAUGUUCUGCACCUCAUGCAUCACGAUGAACUGAAAAGCUACUUCCACUACAUCAACUCGUACGUAGAUAUCCUGUAUUCAAACCAAAAUAUACUUAACAGCCAUUUCAUUAGACUCCUAAAUACCAUCCACGUGCUGACGCACUUAAAAAAAAAGAGGAAGAGAAAAAAGUAUAUAAAAAAAAAAAUAGAAAAAUUGGAAAAGAAACAACAAGUGGAAAAAGACAACGUGCAGUUGAAGGAAGAUCUCUGUGAUGAAAGUUUUGCAAGACCAAAAAUUUUAAUCCUCUGUGGAUUCAGACACAUUGCAAAAGAGUACACCGACUUAAUCAUGCACAUGUUAACACCCACAGAGGUGAAAAAUAAAAAUAGAUUUAUUGACGAAUAUGAUGUAACUUCUGAAGAGAAAAAAGGCAUCAGAGACGUCUUCAUAAAGAAAAGAAAACCUAUUGAUUAUAUUAAUUUGUACAGAGGAAACAACGACGACUGUUUCAGACUAGGAAUUAAGCUACUGGACGAUGAGAAGAAAAUACAAUUGUACAGUCCAUUUUAUGAGAGCGACAUUUUAAUAACCUCGCCUCUUGGAUUAGAAGUUAUUAUUAAGGAGAGCCAUGGAGAGGCUGAGGAAAAAAACGGGGUGGAAAGUGAUGACUCCUCGGACCAAGACGGAUGGGGACACGAAGAAAAGGAUACAACACAGAGAGGAAAAAGGAGCAGUCGAACCAAGCAAGGCAAUCGGAAUAAAAGAAAAAAUGAAAAAAAAAAAAAAAAACUUUACGAAUACGAUUUUCUCUCUUCGAUAGAAAUUUUAAUCAUCGAUCAAGCAGAUAUCAUUUUAAUGCAAAACAUUUUAACGUUAAAAAAUGUCCUAAAUUUUGUGAACAAACCUUUGCUCAGAUGGGGAAGUGCCAACAUAAAUCGAAUCCCCAAGUAUGUCAUAAACGGGUACAUGAAGAACUACAGACAAACCAUAAUCACCUCCAGCAUUUUGGAUACAACAUUCAUUUCCCUAAUUCAGGCGGCCACUAAUUACAGGGGAUUCUUGAAACUGUUCAUGAAGGGUGGAGACCAGGAGGGAGGGGGAAAUAGGCACUUGGCCGAUGAGAAACAUGGGCGACAGAUUGAUGGCGGUAAUGGAAAGAUCCUCAACGUAGAUGAUUCAAAUCACCUCUGCAAAACAAUCUUGCUAAGUGUAAGAAACCACUUUCACACAAAUCAAUAUUUCAGAAAAAUUGAAUGCCCGCAUAUUCUCCAAAUAGAGGAAAACAUCAUAGAGUUUUUCGCCACAAAUGUAAUUGACAUACUCACAAAUAUUAAGCAGCUCCUCAUUUUUUUACCAACGUACAUUGAAUACCUUCGCAUAUACGAAAUUUUAAAAAAAAAAGAAAUUUCUUUUAAAGGGGUGAACGAAUAUACGAAUGAAAAAAAAAUUGGAAAAAUUCAAAAGCUUUUUAAACUUGGAAGAAUAAACAUCCUACUGGUUACUGGUCGAUUGUUUUUUUAUGAGAGAUGUACUUUUAGGGGGGCCAACCACGUCAUUUUUUUUUCUCCCCCCAAAUUUCCUUUUAUGUACUAUGAAAUGAUUAAAAAUUUAGUCCCUUCCUCAAAUUCCUCCUCCAUUUGUUAUUAUACAAAAUAUCAUACUUACGAGUUGGAACGUAUCGUGGGGAAAAAACUGGCCAUUCAAUUGAUGCAGGAGAAGCCUGGAAAAAUUACUCUCUUUAAGUGA